AUGACACCCAAUAUAUCACCUGUUUCGUUACUCAUUGUCGUUGGAAUAUGUUUAGCACAAGCAAGUUACUUGUCACCUGUAAAUGGAAAUGGUUUUUCUCUUAAUGGAAAUGGAAUACGCACAAAUGGCCAUGGAUAUACUAAUGAUGUUAAUGGCAAUGGUAAUGGUGCAUAUACAAAUGGUAAUGGCAUAAAUGGCAAUGGUGCACAUACAAAUGGCAAUGGCAGAAAUGGAAAUGGCAAUGGUGCAUUGUCUAAUGGAAAUGCAAAUGGCAACGGUAUGUAUUUUGGGAAUGGAGCCAUAAAUGGUAACGGUAAUGGAGUUUAUAGAAACGGGAAUGGGAGAGGUGCAUAUAUAAAGGGUAAUGGUAUAAAUGGGAACGGAGUAUAUACAAAUGGUAAUGGUAGAUAUGGAAAUGGCAAUGGUGCAUUUUCUAAUGGAAAUGGGGCUUAUGUAAAUGGAAAUGGCAACGGUGCAUAUUCCAAUGGUAACGGUGCAUAUACCAAUGGAAACGGGAAUGGAGCCUACAGAAAUGGUAAUGGGGUCACCGUGUACGCCAAUGGCAUUGUGGAUCCGUUCAGAGCUCUGGCUGAUGCCAUUGGCGGUGGAGGCGUGCCAGGUGUGGACUACCCCAUCCUGGCCUUCGUCCCCGACACCGGGUUCUCCUGCAACGGCCAACUUCCAGGAUAUUACGCUGAUACUUCGCCUGAGGCUGGAUGCCAGGUAUUCCACAUCUGUCAGGCAGGAGGCAGAAUCGACUCGUUCCUUUGUCCCAAUGGCACAGUUUUCAAUCAGCAACACUUUGUGUGCGAUUGGUGGUACAACUUUGACUGUUCCAAGGCUGAACAGUUCUACGGUUUGAAUGCUGAGAUUGGUAAUUUCAAUGGAAAUGGAUACACAAACGGCAAUGGUUAUAAUGGAUAUGCCAAUGGUAACGGAUACACUAACGGUAAUGGCAACGGCAUUGGUUACAACAACGGUCAUAGGAAUGGUAAUGGAUAUAACAACGGCAACGGAUAUACCAACGGUAAUGGCAACGGCAACGGUUACACCAACGGUAAUGGAUACACCAAUAGUAAUGGCAACGGUUACACCAAUGUAACGGCUACGGCAACGGAUACACCGACGGUAAUGGCAACAGUAAUGGAUACAAAAAUGGGAAUGGAUACAACGGUAGUGGGAACAGAAACGGUAAUGGUUACACCAAUGGCAAUGGUAACGGGAAUAGGUACAGCAACGGCAACGGUAAAAGAAACGGCAAUGGUAAUGGAAACGGGUUUAGCAACGGAAAUGGGUAUACAAAUGGCAAAAGAAAUGGAUACAGCAAUGGGAAUGGAUAUACUAAUGGCAAUGGUAAUGGGAACGGCUACACCAAUGGCAAAACCAAUGGAAAUGGUAGAGCGACGUAUGAGGGAGCUCUACCGUGACGAUACUUGUCUCCCUCUGCCCACCGAUGUCUUCCUUCAGCUGCUUCGUCUGUUUGUGGAGUUUAAUUCAUUUGCCUGUGAAGGUCGCUUCGACUCCCACAAGUUCGGUGUUGCAUUAGGUUUUCCUUUCUCUCCAUAUUUGUCAAACCUGUCCAUGGAGUACUUCGAGUAUGAGCUUCUCCCUUCUAUCUCCAUUCGUACUUCGGUCUGGCUGAGGUAUGUCGACAACGUCUUUGGCAUCUGGCCUCAUGACUCUGCCUUGUUCUCGGAUGGGAAACUUCUGCUAACAGUGGAACACAGGCCAUCAGAUGGGUAG